ACAACAUUCAUUUCAUUCGUACGGAUGGAUCGGCAAAAUAAAAAACAAACCCAAUUAAAACUUGGCCAUCUUCUCGUUAACGAUUCGACCUACUUACACAAUUAGUUAAAUUAUAAGAAUUUUGACAUUUCCUGACCAGUGUCUCUUGAAGUAUGGACAUAAUCGAGAAGGGGGUGUGUUGAGUUGAUAGAGAUUAGAUGAAUCGAUACUUUGAUAACACUAUUACUACUUGAUUGAUAAGAACAUUUCGAGUGACUGACUCCUCUGCACUCUGACGAGAUUAUUUAUUUAUUUAUUUAUUUAUUUAUUCUUGUUGAACAUACACAUGUGAGGCCUAACUUUUGUUGGGGAUACGAUACGAUAUAAUGAAUAAUUAGACUUUAAAUAUAUUAUAUUAUUCUACGAUUUUGUUUGGAUUGGAAGAGUGAUCUCUUACUCUCUGCAGUGCAUGUUGUGCACUGAUCUGAUAAGAACAAGAGGUGAAGGAGAGUGUUUGGUGGAGUGGAUUCACAGCACGACAGCAGUACUUGGCGUUAAACGAAUAAUUUGCAAUCUUGAUAAUGGAGGUCAAAGAAGGUGAAUCUGAAGUGACGGAACAAGUGACGAGUGACACAGUGGAAGCUAGUGCAACACAAAAGACUGCCGUUGACGAUAAGAAGGAGGACCCAACUUUGACCGGAUCAGAAACUGAUAGUGCCGCAACCAAUUCAAAUUCUACGUCCACAACUUCGAUUGAAAGUAUUUGCAGAAAUGAAGAGAUUGAAAGAAUUCAAUCCGAGGAUGCAAAAAUUUGUGAGAACGAAAUUUGCGAUGACGACGAAGAGUUCGUGGAUGUUUCUCCGGCACAAGAAGCAGCGUUAUUGGCAUCCCCACCCAAUAGUGGUAAAAUGAUUAUCGACGUGGUCGAAGUUUUUGAUGGGUCCAACCUCCUAAUUCCGAGAGGAGAUGCACAAGAUUGUCUCCCCUAUUUGUAUGAAGGUAUGGAAAUUGAUGAAAUUGGGGAGGAUGCCGUCGUCUCGUUCAACGCCAUUUCUGAUGGGCGAGGAGAUCAGCUCCCUCAAUGUAGUACUCCUACCAAUCAAGGACCUCCCGUCGCACCGUCAUCUUCAAUCAAAAAGUCGAAUCUCCGCAAAGUUUCGAAAUAUGAUAAUAAUGUCUCACAAUCAUCCUUCAACUGUAGCUUUAAUUCUUUGCGAACUCCUCGUGGGACUCGGGACGACGAUGCCAGUCCAACGCCUAGAAAGCGUAUUCGCAUUGUAGAGGAUAAUGACUUGAAAAAGGGAGACGGGUGUGAUCCUGAUUGUUCCGGGGAGAUUGAUCUCUUUGCGGAAGUUGACAUUGACCUAAUCUCGGGACAUACAUUCCAAACUAAUUAUGCUGGAGAAGAAAUGCUGUGGGUUUCACCGCCCCCAGCUCCCUUAGACUUUUCCUUCAUUCACGAAGACCUGGUCCGUGCAUCUCGACUCCCGGUGACCAAAAAGUUUAGUGUGGAAAUUGACAUGCAUUUUAUUGAUGGCGAUACGAUUAACACGUUACUCGAGUGCAAGCCUUCAAUUGUAUCCGCUGGAUUCUUCAAUUUUGAACAAACCUGCCGAAAAAACUGCCCAUCUAAUCGAUCAAAGAAUUUUAUUUAUUCAGAAAAUGCAUCAAACUUACAAAGUCUUGAUGAAGGUCUCAACCAUGAUCUCAUUUUUCCACGAGAGCAGCUCGAAAAAGAUGAAAGCGAGAAGAACGUAUUUUAUUUUGCCGAUAUUUGGGAUACAUCAAAAGGAUUCAGAGAGUAUAUUUUAACAAAGUCCAACGAGUACCUACACCAAGGGCUGAUGAUGAAAGGGUUUGCGAUUCAAGAUGCGGAUGGGUCUCGUCCUCGAGAUUUUAAUCCCUCUUGUGGAUUGCUAUUCAACACACUCCAUAUUCCGACCUAUCCGAAGGAUCAGGAACUUGGAAAAUCUCUUCUGCCUGUUGAAUUGGUUGAGCAUUUCCGACAAGAGGACAAAAAGUCUUUCGACAUUUGCGAAAUUUCCGUUAGUGAUGAAUUUGUCAAGCAUAUUCUUGCCAAAUCGAACGGCAAAGGAGUUCAUUUGAUGGUUGCGGAUAAUCCCGAAAGUUUGAAUGUCCAUGAAUUUGUUCGCGAAGUUCGAUUUCAACGCAAAUUUUAUGCUCAGUGUAUCAUCGCGCUUUUAGCUGUUCGCGAAGGUGGAUCAUUUGUUGUCAAAAUGUUUGACGCAAUAACUUUGUUUACGGCUGGCUUGGUUUUCCUGAUGCAUCGGUGCUUCCGAAGCAUUUCUAUCCACAAACCAAAAACGAGUUCAUCUCACACGUCGGAAAGAUUUCUAGUCUGUACAGGAAAACUGUCGUGCGAGUCAAGCGAAGAAAUUUUACAAUUUCUUCUCCUUUGUCAUAAUAUUGUAAUGAAAAAUGAAGAAAUUCGGAAAAUAAUUAAAAGAAAGGCUCGCAGAAGAUUGGGAACUCAUCUCUUUGAAGUAAAACAGCUCAUCCCUCUCAAAGUUAUUAUUAGUCACGCCGAUUUCUUUGAGUUUCUUCGUCUACAAAAUAUUCGAUUUACAAAGUCAUUAAUUUCUAAACUGCAACAACUUUGCUCUACAAUACCUGCCAACCCUUAUGGAACAUUCUUGUGGAAAUUGAGAGAUCAAACUCAAGUCCAGAAAAUUCAAUAUGACAUGUCUACAAAAAAUAAGAAGACUGAGGAGGAAGGAAUUUCUACUGCUUUUAGCACACUAAAUUUAAGAUCUAUUAACGCCGAAUGUCUUUCUCUUUUGAAACAAUUUGGACUGGAUUUUGAGUUUCUUACGACUUUCGGGGAAAAGCAGGUUACACUAGAUAGGAAUGGUCUUGAGGAUAUAUCAAAAUCUCGUCAAGGUUGGACCGUUUAUUCCAUGCAAGAAUCUAAAUCAGUUAUUGGUGCUCAUCCAGUAACUUUAUUCAUUGGACUUGGGGAAGAGAAUAUUGUCUACUUUAACGGUUCAGAAUUCAGACCAAUUAACGUCGAUGGAUUAAUCUUAACAAAAGGAACAAUCUUACUUGCAAGCGUUGUGGAGCUUAUUCCAAAUGGAAAGUAUAUUGAUACAUGCGAAGAAAGUCAUCAUGACGCCCACAGUUCUUCUAUUCUGUUGGAAUUUCAUAUUUAUGAUGGACUAAGCUUGAAUGGACAAUUCAUAGGGGAUUUGCCUUUUGACGCAAGGAAGCAGCUAUGCGAAACAUAUGCCGGUGUUUUAAAUAAAUGUAUCGAAUUCGAUUACCUGAAAUGUACUGUGAUAAAAGUUCGUGAACCUUUGGUGCUGAAAGAGAAUGAGAAUGUUUUAUCUUCGUGGAUCAACUCGUCUGUCUACAUGAAACAUGACGCAUGUCACUAUCCUGGAUCUUUACGACUUGUCAAUUUUCCUCUGCCCGAUUCUCCAUCUGCAAUAUCAGUGGGUGGUUUACUGUUUUACAAAACCUCUGGACCUAUGCUGGAAAGCCUUAAUCAAAAAAUUGUUUGGAAUUGGACAAAUGACGAUGAUACUAAACCGGCAGAAUUAUUGCCCUCUUCUACUUGUGCUGUAUCCGUUACGGAUUUUGUCAACCUCAAAAUAUAAUUGGUUACAUGGAAUUCAUGCAUUGUUAAUUUUUUUUCUGACUCUUAACCUGAUUAUAUUGUUGCGUAAUAUGUAUUCCUUUUUUACCAUAUCGAUUGUUCAAAGACGAACUUCAGUUAUAAAUAUUAUAUCGUCUUAAUAUAAAUAUCAACGUUAUUGACAAAUUAUUGACUACAAUAAACCCGAUGUAUUAUAAA